CAGGGUAAAAAAGAGUAAAGAAGAAGGUAUCAAAAGGGAGUAUUUUUCAUGUUGGUAGAUAAUUGAUAACUAUGAAAAGUCAUUGGGAGGAAGGAUCUUGGUACUGCACAAACCUAAGUUGGAUGUUAUUAUUUUCAAUACAUUUGACAAUUUUGUACAUCUUGAAGUGAAGGGUUUGGAGAACUUUUUUUUCUUAUUGUGGUGUAUGCAAUGAUGAUGUUGUCGGGCGAAACACAUAUGUUCAGAUGAGAUGUCAAAGGACCUCUGAUAUACGAUGGAUAGUGUUAGGAGAUUUCAAUGCUAUUCUAGACUCCAGUGAAGCUUCAAAUGGACCAACCCUGGAGGAAGUGGUGAAGAUUUCAAUAAUUAGAUUAAUGACAUACAACUAGUGGAACAUUGACUGGCUGGCGAGAAAUAUACAUGGUUGAAUAAUCAAGAAGGGAAUCCCAUAACAUGAAAAAUUGACAGAGUUUUUAUCAAUAAUGAUUUGAUUAGAUAAAUAUGUUGGAACUAUGGCUUCUACUACCACAGUCCCUAUGGUGGAGUCUGAUCACGGUGGCUUGCUGGUGGAUUCUUUUCCUGCUAGAAGAACUCUACCUAAACCUUUUCGAUAUUUCACAUUCUGGAGCUCUCACCCUAAUUUUCAGGAGAUUUUGCAGACGGCUCGAAGUACUCAGGUUGUAGGUUAUCCUUUUUACAUAGUUUGCCAAAAGAUAAGGUUACUCAAGAAGCAGUUGAAGGAACUUAGCAGAGAAUUCUAAUAUGACAUUUAAUUGAGAGCUAGCAAAUCAGAAGCAACUUUGAAGCAAGCACAACAUGAGGCAUUUUCUUGUCCUUUAAGUGAAGCAUUGGUUAAUAAAGACAACUUGGCCAAUGAGUGUGCCAAUUUGCCGCUAGCAGAAGAAUCAUUCCUCGGGAAAAAAGCUAGAGUUCAAGCUAUCUCAGAAGCUAGAGGACCUUAAUACUAAGUACUUCCAUAAAAUGCUAAAAGUUAAAGCCCAUAGAGAUACCAUCACACAUAUGAAAAGAGAGUAUGGUUCUCUAGUAACUAGUAUAGAAGAAAUGGGAAGAGUGGCUGUUGGAUUUUAUCAGAAGGUGCUUGGUCAAGUCAAUCUUGAAGUGGUAUAAAGUUCUGUUACAGAAAUGAGGCUUCAUUAUUGCAUCAUCUUUCUGAAACUCAGGUCUCUAUAAUAUGUAGCAGGGUAAUCAGUAAAAGAAGUUAAGAAACAAAUGUUUAGCAUGAAACCCAACAAAGCCCUUAAUAUUGAUGGGUGCUUUGUCAAUUCUUAUAAGGCACACUGGAAUGUUGUAGGAAAUGAUGUCACUGCUGCAAUACUCUCUUUCUUUGAAUCAUGACACAUGCCUAAGGGAUUAAUUCUACCAUACUAGCUCUUAUCCCUAAUGUACCAAAUGCAUACCAAAAUGAAGCUUUUCCGACCUAUAUCUAAGGUCAUGGCCAGUUUGAUAGAGAAAAGUCAGUCGUCUUUUGUGCCAGAGAAGGUUAUUACUGAUAAUAUUCUCAUGGCUUUAGAAUUAGUGAAUAGAUAUGGUAGGAGCAGUAUUUUCACUUAGGUGUACCCUUAAAAUAUAAUUGAUGAACCUUUGAUUCUUACUAUAAUGAAGGUAAUAGCCAAUAGGGUAUUCCUACUCAGUUUCUUGGUUGGACUAAGGCUUGUUAAAGUACACCCAUGCUUAGUGUGGCUAUUUCCUUGCUAGAAAAGGUUUGAGGCAUAACGACCCCAUGUCCUCUUUUUUGUUUUUUGUAACUAUGGAGGUACCAUCUUGUACAUUAAAGAAGGCUGCAAAAGAGUGUUCUUUCCACUACAUCCAAGAUGCAAGCAAUUGGGAAUCACACACCUAGUUUUCGCGGAUGAUCUGUUAGUGUUCACUUAUGAAAAGAGAUUGCAAUGCAGGAGGUGUGCAGUUUACUUAAAGAAUUUUAUCUCUUAUCUAGGCUCAUAUUCAACCCUGAGAAAAGCCAAAUACUUUCUGCGGGUAUGAUCGAAGAGCUGCAUGAAAGACUGGCUACUAUUAAUAGAUUCCGGAGAGCUUAUUUGCUUGUAUGUUAUCUUUGAGUGCCUCUCGUAGCGUGCAAGCUCACAAAUGCAGAUUGUGAAGUUUUAGUGGAAAGGAUAACUGUAAGAUUGAGAGACUGGAGACCUAAGGUGUUGAGUUACACAGGUAAACUUCAACUCAUAAACUCUGUCAUUUCGAGUAUGAUGCAGUAGUACUGGAUAAGCUAACAACAGGUAUGCUUUGGAAACCCUAAACUUGUCUUCUCAUUGAUUCUGUUUGAUCUUAUAUACAUAUUUUGUGCAUUACUAGACAAAGAGUUCUAGCUGUAAAAUGACAGGGAAGAAGUACGAAAAUGCAGAGCAAAGAGGGAACACAAGCUGAGCAAACGAAAGAGACGUUGUGGCUUCAGGGCACAACGACGACGUCUUGAUCUUCUUCAGUCUUGGUUUCCAGCUACGACAAUGUUUCGACCAUCUUCGAACCCUUUAGUUGAGAUGACACCGUUCCAGGUGGCUCUUUCUUUGCUUUGCCCGAAACGACAUCGGACCAGCUAAUUCCGUUAUUAGUCGUUGAAGUGACGGAUGAAAAUUUUGAUUUUACUCUGAUACCCCCCCCCCCCCCAGCAAGCUGGUGGGCAGAGAUUUUGCACGAUAAGCUUGGAGAGGAGAUUGGAGAAGAUGGCAGGAGGUAGAUCCUUGGUGAAGAUGUUGGCCAAUUGAUGUAGAGAGGAGACAUGGAGCAGCUUGAUGAUUCCACUCUGCAAUUUUUUUCCUACCAAGUGACAAUCCAGUUAUAUGUGCUUUGUUCUUUCGUGAAAUGUUGGAUUCUCUGUGAUGUGAACUGCGGAUUGAUUGUCGUAGUACAGGAUUGAUGGUUGUUGGUGAUUGACCUGGAAAUCAUGAAGAAGAUAAAGGAGAGACUGAAGUUCGCAGGUGGUAUCUGCCACGGCCCUGUAUUCAGCCUCGCAAGAAGACCUAGAGAUUGUUUUCUGCUUCUUGUUGCGCUUGGAGAUCAAUGUAUUUCCAAGAUAGACACAGUAUCCAGUGACUGAUCUUCUGGUGUCCAUACACGAGGCCCAGUCAGAGUCACUGAAAGAAGAGUCCAGUUGAUGGAGCAUAUUUAAGGUACCUCAAAAUCCUUGUGAGUGCUUGAUAAUGUUGAUUGUUGGGAUUGGACAUGUACUGGGCCACUUGUUGUGUAGUAAAGCUGAUAUCAGGGCGUGUGGUAGUUGAUAGACCGUCAUUUACACAUGUUUUUACCCCCAUUCUUACACCGUUUGAGGUGUUGAUUCUCGUGUUUUAGGCCGAUUUCACGGUAGGUUGUGCUUGUUUGUGAUAUUUCAGGUCCUAGGACGUGAAUGAAGGCUUAGGAGCGAGUCUGGGGUCGAUUGGACGAGGAUCAGACGCAUGGCGAGGUUCUGAGGAAGUCGCACGGGCACACCCACAACCCGCACGGCCGUGCAAUUGACCAGUUUGGCCGUGCGGGAUCGUGCGUGGCACGCACGGGAUUGUGCGUGGCCACGCACGGCCGUGCAAGUGACCAGUUUGGCCGUGCGAGUUGGCUGAGGUUCAACUAAUUGAUACGCCGCGUUUUGAGGUGCACGGCCAGAAUGGUGAUGUGCACGGCCGUGCACCCUGGCCGUGCACCCUGGCCGUGCGAGUCGGGAAUGGCUGUUUUUAACCCAAAUUCGAGCCAAAGGAGGAGGAGAGCUGGGUUUUGGAUCCCAAACACCCAAGGGACGAACCAAAGAGAGAGAGGGCGAUUUGAGGGCAUUCUUGGAGUGGAGUUGGAGGAUUUCUUCGCCUUGGAAGCUCGAGGAACAAGCCCGGACUUGAAGACUGAUCAUCUGAAGAUUCUUACUGCAGUCUCUCUCUUCUCUAUGGAGUAACUUCCCUUCACUUAGGUUUUGAGGAACCCUAGCUAUGUUUGUUUGAUUGGAUGAUUGUAUGAGUACUCUGACUGGAUAAUCUUGAGUUCAUAUUCAAUCUAUGCAUGUUUUCAUGAUUCAAUUCUGCUUUAGUCGAGAUUAUUGAUUCUGCUUUGAUUCUAUGAGAGGGAAUACCUGAUUAGGUCAAUAGAGCACCAUAGAUUGAUAGUAGUGGAUCGAUUGCUUUAGUCGAGGGUUGAUUCACUGCUUUGUAUCGAUUGAGAACCUCUUUCGAUAGAGGUAGUCUAGUUCAGAACGCCUUGAUCAGUUGUUCUAGAGAAGGAUACGUCCCUCUAGGCAAUUGACUCAAGAGGGCCUUGUUCCUUUAGUCGAGACUCAAGGUCUACUCAAGGAUUCUCCGCAUUGUGAAUGAAAGUGAAACAAGUUGGAAAUCAUCAAUCGUUAGUCUGGCUAGUGGCUAGGGGGAAUCAUACCUAAGUGAGUUCCCAACCUGUAAUUAGAUUAACUUUAACUGUAGUUUGCUAGAGUAGUUUUAGUUCUUUCAUCUUAAUUUGGUUUGCUAAAUAAUAAACUGAAGCUGAGUAAUAGUAACUCUAGAGACCCGUGGAUUCGAUAUUUAUCACUUGAGCCACUAUACUGCAGUCCCUUCCAUUGGUUACACUUGGCCAUUGUUAGGUGUUGUGUUUUGGAGUGUCAGUAGUCAGAUAGAUUAGCUUUCCAACCAAUCUUCUGUAGAAUGAAGGAUCUGGGUAGGGGUCAGAAUGAUUGGAGGAUAGAUGUAGUUUGUAAUCCAUGGGAGUAGAAACAGGCUUGGAUAAUAAAACUUCUGCUUCUUCUAAGAUCUAUUGUGUGUAUUUCCUCCGUGAUAAAUGUAUCCCUGAUGAAUUUCUGGCAACUUCAAUGCCUAGAAAAAAUUUGAGUUGACCCAUGUCUUUGAUACUGAAAGUCUGAUGAAGAACCUGCUUUAAUUUUGUGAUUUCUGCCAAGUCAUUGCCUCCAACUAAAAGAUCAUCAACAUAAACCAGCACACAUGUGUAUGAAGCAUCCAUUGAUUUUGAAAAAAAGCAAAUGAUCAACCUGACUAGGCACAAAUCCUUGUUGAAUGAGGCAAUCUGCCAACUUAGCAAACCACGGUCUUGAGGCCUGUUUUAGGCCAUAAAGUGACUUUUUGAGUCUGCAAACAGGGUUGGGAAUGUUUGGUGGUGGCUUGUAGCCUUUGGGAAGCUUCAUCUAGACUUCCUAUGUGAGGUCUCCAUGAAGGAAGUCAUUGUUCACAUCAAGUUGGUGAACAUGCCAAGACCUUGAUGGUGCAAUAGCCAGAAACAAUCUCACUAGUGUCAUUUAGACAACAGAAGCAAAUGUAUCUUGGUAGUCUAUCCCCUCAUGUUGAUUGUAUCCCUUAGCAACCAAUUUGGCCUUUGUAUUUGAAUAUCCAUUUGUUUCCCAUUGAUUUUCUCUGUGGGGGAAGAGAAACCACAUCCCCUAUUUGGUUCCUUUCAAGAGCAUCAAUCUCAUGAUUGAUUGCCUGGUUCCACUCAGGUCCGAGGGCUGCCUCCUCAUAUGUCUCUGGUUCUUUGUGACAAUAAAUUUUUAGAAUAUAU